AUGAGUUUGUCAAUCAAUUCCAACAUCUUUUAGAUCUAAAAUAAUGAAGAGAUAAACUAGCUUUUAAACUUUCUCAAGCUUAAUGGUGAAUUUACAAAGGGAGAAUUUCGUUUUAUAGAUUAGGAGCAAGGGAAAAAAUUUUCUUCAUUCAAAUCGGCCUUUUAGAUAAUAAGAGAAAGCUUUCCAGAUUUCAAACUAAAAUUCACAAAUCUUAUAGGCAACGUAUAAUCCUCUACAAAUACAAAUUUAAUGAUGAAAUGUGAAGAUACAAGGCAAACAAAUUAAACAAGAACAAAUGAUUAAACAAUUAGUAUAGAUUAAUGUAGGACUUUCGUAUCUCAAUAGCCUCAAAUGGCUGUUUAAUAGGAAGUCGAGCAAAAAAAUUAACAUGCGGAAUAUAAUUAGGAUGAUAGUUUAAGGGACCAAGAAAGUAGGGUGUCUUCUGAAGAAAUGGCGGAUGACAACUUUCAAGAUUAUAAUUUGUAAUAAAUCAAAAGUUUCUCUUAAUAAGAAGAAAAUGAUUUGGCUUCAGAAAUAAAAAGUGAAUAUCUUUAACAAUUAUAAUAUCUGGAGGACAAAAAGUUAUAAUGCAAUAGUGAAUUGGCUUAAAAAGAUGUAGCUGAUACAGAAAUCAAAAUUGCCGGAUUGUAAACUUCAUAAACAGUUUAAAUUCCAACUAAUUUUAUGCUACAAGUUAUAGAAAAAUUCUUUCUAUAAGAAUGGAAUCAAUUGAUUAAAUCAUUAAAUUUGGAGUAAAAAGAAAUAAAUUAUUACAAACUUUAGUUAAAUGUAGAUCUUGAUCAAAUUAAGAAGGGCUUAGAGGAGUUUAUUAAUAAAAUUUCCUAUUUAGAGAUUGAAUUUUGCUAUUACACUAAUUAUACAAUGAUAGCCCAAUCAAAAAUAAAUGAAUACUUAAGACGUUAUGAAAUAUUUCCAUUUCAAUAAGCUGAUAACUUCUAUUUAGUUUCUAAAAUCUAAAAUAAAGGUUUUCUUGAAGAAAUAAGUCAAUAAAUAAAUAAUAAUUAUAGGGGAAUUUAUUUACAUUUUUCAUCAUUAAAACCAUAUAAGUAAGAUAGUUUAUAAAUUAAAGAUCUGACUUAAUGUAGAUCACUAUAUUACGAAAAGUUUUUGGCAGAGAGGUUUAAAGAAUAUUGUAUGAAUUAAUAUUUUGAUGAUUAAUGCUUUUUUUUAGAGAUGAAUUUUACUCAGAUUAAGUAAAAUAGAGAUUUAUUUGAAAAAUAAAUUAAAAAAUAUAUUCAAUGUUGUAUAAAAAGUCUAUUUUUAAUAAAAUUUACACCUUAAUGCAAUAUGUCUGAUGAAAAGUAAAUUGAUGCAUGGUUUAGUGAGGAAGUAGAUGCUAAAUAAAUAAAUUUUGUCUAUUUAAAAAAAGAAAGUUCAUUCCUCCUAUUUGGUAACACAAUAGACCUUAUUAAUCUAUUUAAAAAAAUUAAUAGGAAAGAAUAAAUAACAAGCACUUAAAUCAGUUAAGCAACUAUAACUAUUUAUAAACAAAACCUUUUUUAGCCAACAUUUUAACCCACAAAAUAGAUUGACAUUGAAGGUUUGUUUAAGCUCUUGGAAGAAAGUGGCUUUAAAAAUAUUUAAAGAUCCAAUCAAGAUUUGGUCUUUUUGAAAUAAACUUAAAAUACCUUUGAUUAUCUAUGUAAGUAAAUAUUAAUUAUAUCAAGUGAAAAUCCUGGAAAUGAUAUGUAUUAUCCGACAGCAACACUUGGACAAAAAAGUCCAUGCUAUUUAUACAAAAUUUAAUUAAAAUCCAUAAAAGAGUCAACUUAGUAAGUUAGAUAAUGAAUUAUUUUUUUUAUCUCAAGUUGGUUGUUAAAAUGGAAGGGCAGAUAACUUUUCAGUGACGAUUAAUAUAUCUACCAAUAAUACAGGUGUUUUUUCUCACUCCAAAAUCAUAGAAUUGAAAGUAUAAAAUAACUUAUAAUUUAGCCUAAAUUUUUAGAUAGUGUAAUUUAUGACUACUUUUACUAAGAAUUUUAGGAAAAACUAACUCCAAAAAAUUAGCCAAUUCAAUUUGUUAAAAUAGAAGAAGGUAUAUAUAAGCUUUCAUGUUAAACCAGUUAACUCAUUAAAUAAUUUGAGGAUUAUUUCUCUAAGUUUGUAACAUCAAAAGUAGGGUUUAAUGAAGAUUUAUUAAGAGUUUUCGAACUUAGUAAUUAUAAAAAAUAAGAAUUAUCUAAAAAAGGUGUUUAUUAUAAAGUGGAUCCUAAUGGAUUGAUUUUUAUUUCAAGAAGCAUAGAUUCUAUUAAAAGUGUUGAGCAGAGCUUAGAAUAUUAUCGAGGAUUUAUUAUAACGAUGCAUAGUUUAAAGUCCUAAAAUUUAGAAGAAAAACCUGAAAAUUUUUAAUUGGUCUCAGCCAGGAUAGGCUAUAUUAAAUACAUUCUGGGAGAAAUCAUAAAAUAAAUGAAUCAUCAAUAAUAAAAUAUACAGAUUGAAGAGAUAGAAUUUAAGGAAGAAUAAGAAAUAAGCGCAUUUUGUAUUUUCCAUUUACAUUUUGAUAAUUAGAGAAACAAUUCAUAGAGCAUGGAUUUAGCAACAAUUUAAUUAUAGGAGGAUUUAACUUUAAGGAUGUAAUAUCUAUACUUUUUUGAAAUUAAGACUGAUCAAGAAACAGGAAAAACUUUAUUUUCAAAUAUUAUUAAAAAUCCAUAAAUUUAUGUUACAUUCAAAUAAUAAUAUACAGAUUAUUUUAUUACUAUGUUGGGAAAUUAAAAAUAAUUCAAAGAAUUAUUUGAAAAUUUAAUCUUUUUUUAUGAGAACCAAAAACAAAUUGUACAAUUUAGUAUCUAUAUUGAAUAAUUUUGUAAUUUUCAAAAUAUAAUACAAUUUGCAGAAAGUAAAAAAAAAUUAAAACAGGAUUUCGAAAAAAAAGGUUUUGAAGUUGAUGAUUAAAAAACUAAAUGGGUAAUUCAAUCUAAAAGACCUGCUUAAGCGUGUAAUUAUUUCAAUAAUUUUAGUUUAAAUAUUAUCCAUUUUAAUUCCAAAAAUGGCUGAUGAAGAAGACUCUAGAUUUUUGUAAAAUUCGAAUGAAUAGAAUGACUAUUAGUUUUUAAAUAUUUCCAUGAUUAAAAAUGAGAAUUCAUCCUUUUAAAGCAAAUCAUUCUUUUUAUAAUAUUACGACAUUUUUGAAGUUUGGUAGCAAAAACUUUCUUCUAACAGUAUAUAUCAGAAUGAUUAACUAAUAUUAAAUAGAAAUGAAAAUAAUAAAUCAUAAUCAUAAUAACAACAGUAAUAAUAAUAACAAUAGCAAUAAUAAUAAUAAUAAUAAUAACAAUAGCAAUAAUAAUAAUAACAAUAGUAAUAAUAAUAACAAUAGUAAUAAUAAUAAUAAUUGUAAUAAUAAUAACAGCAACAGUAAUAAAAAUAGUAAUAAUACUAACAAUAAUAAUAAUAAUAACCAUAAUAAUAAUAACAAUAAUAACAACAACAUCAACAAUAACAAAAGUAAUAAUAAUAAUAACCAAUUUUAUCUUUUUAACAUGAGGAUUUUAGCCAGUAAAAUCUAGUAUUAUAAUAAUCACAACAAACAAAUUAAUUCCAAUUCGAAAAUUAAUCAAGAAGCAAAAGUCCGUAUGAUAAAUAAGAUAGUCAAGUUAAUCUUAGUAAAUCAUAACUAAGUAAUAGUUAAUCAAGUGAAAUAAUGAAGAAUUCUUUUUAAUUUUCAAAUAUUAAGAGUUUUCCUUUUGAAAAAAAAUGUUUAUUAGUAGAAUUUUAAAGAAAUUAAAGAUAAAUUGUACCUCCGAUUGAUGAAAAAUUGAUUCAACAUUUGACGCAAAAUUAUAAAAAUGAAAAAUUUGAAUAUUUUGAAGCAAAUGUUGAUUUAGAUUAUGUUAAUUAUUUUAAUAGUCUUGCAUAACAAUCAAUUACAUUGUAUAUUAUCUAAAGACCAGAUAAAGAAUAUCAUAAUGAAUUUUCAAAAAAACUUUUGUAUUAUUUAAAUUAUGAAGCAUUACUUGAAAAGUUUAUGAGUCAUAACUAACUGAUUAUCAUUUGCUGUAAGGCAAAUAAAGCAGCGCGCUAUUAAAUUCCACAUAAGGAUAAGACUUAUUAAAUUUGUUUAAAAGAUUCAAAUUAGGUGUUGCCUUAUUUAUGGAUCAGAAGAAAAACUAAUUGAAA